AGUUUACAUAGAAAAUCCCGACGGAGAGAGGGUCCAAAAGUUAGGGGUUUAGGACAAUUAGUCGAUUACCUUCAAUAAUAACAAACAGAGUACCAGUCCCUUUAAGUAGGACACUACCGUAAAUCCACCACUUGGACAAAACCUACUGCAUCUAUGGCUCCAACCAGGGGUCACACGCAGUCACACACAACCAACCAGAUUACGAGUGAAGAAAUUUACACGCAAAGCCAUAACCAUGCCCAAAACCCCCCUCCCCCUUCUCAACCGGUCCACAACUAUUAGUAGAGAUGGUGGGUGGGCAAAUUUUGAGAGACAAAAGGACAAAUGGAAAUGGGAAAGAAUAGGUGGUGUUGUGCGUUAGAAGUUGAGUGGUGGGAAAUGGAAAUGGAAAUGGGAUAGGUGAGUGGAUGGGAUGGGUGGGGGGCUGUGGUGUGGUGGUGAACUGGUGGAGUAGUUGCGGCCUUGUGGGGUGUACUGCACUGCUCACGUCCCAUGCGCAAGCUAGCAUCAUCCGGCCCAUCCUCAUCAUCAUCAUCAUCAUACUCUAUCCGUAAUCCACCCACCUUCCAGACCCAAUCCCCAUCCCCAUCCCCAUCCCAGCCGCUGCCUUGCCCUGAUGCCCACUCCACUAUCUAUCCUCCUAUUACUAUUCUUACCACUGCAUCAGAGCCCAAAAAUUCAAUGCUUUACCACACCCCUAUCCCAUCACCUAUCAACUACCUUAUCCCCACCACCACCUCACCCACUCUUUCUUUGUUUUUUUUUCUUUUUUUAACCUCCUCUGCUAACGUGCGCCGUCUAACAACACUACCACCGCCACCACCGCCUCUUGCCCCCACUAUUUCUUUGCCCCACCCCACCACACUACGCCACUUGUCUCACCUCCCAACCAAGCCUCUUUUAUAUUCCUAAUUUGCACCCAAUGGAGCCCCAACCCAACCACUCUGCUUUUACUCCCACUCCUCACUAUCUUUGCUAAUGUCCGCCUCCACCUCAUGGAACUUACCUCUACCAUGUCUGGUUUUUCUUUGCUUCGUAUGCCAUUUCUUUUUAUAGCUUUCCUCCAGCACCUCCGCCGGUCCCAAAGCUAGCACUCCAAGCAUAGUUGCUAACGUCCGCCACCAUCAGUAUUGUCACCAAUCAUCAUAAUUUUUUUUUUUUUGGGGAAAUUUUUUUUGGUCAAUCAUCAUAAAGUUAGCAUCUUUAAGGCAAGCUUAUGUCCGUCACCACCACAACCGUUGCUCCGGCUGCUGCUGAUGCCGCCGGGAAGCCUGCCAGGAAAUUCCCACCGCCUUGUUGGACCCAAGAGGAGACUCUGGCCUUGAUAGACGCCUACCGCGAGAGAUGGUAUGCGCUCCGCCGCGGAUAUCUUCGAACGGCUGACUGGGAUGCGGUGGCGGCAGCUGUCACCAAUCGCUGCCCAGAUGCUUCUCCCGCCAAGACUUCCGCUCAGUGCCGCCACAAGAUGGAGAAGCUCCGGCAGCGCUACCGAGCAGAAAAGCAGCGGUCACUCUCCUACCCCUCCGGCAGAUUCUUCUCCUCUUGGUUUUUCUUUGAGAAUAUGGACGCCAUGGAAAAUGGAACCUCUGUUUCAGUGGCUGGAUCGAAUCGAGAACCUGAGAAUCGGGAAAAUUCUGCUAGUGGGUUUCCGUUGAAGACUUUUCUCGAUCAGAAUAUAUUGAAAUUAAAACUUAGUACUAAAAACCGAAGUACCAAAGUUGAUGGCAAUUCAACUCCUAACUUUGGUUUCAGCCAAGGUGUUAGGGCUAAGAAUUCGUCGAAAAAUGCUGAUAAAAAAGUGGGCUCUGAUUUUAGUUCUAAAGUUUUCAAUGGUGGAUACUCUUCGUACAUGGAUAUUGGAUCUGAUAAAGAUGAGGAAGAAAUGGAUUUCCAUGGCGGGUUUCGCGCUAAGAACGUUGAUGAUGGAAUGCCAGGGCUUACGGGGUUUAAAGGGAAGAACUUUGGCAAGAUUCUAGGGAAUUCUAGGAGUGGUUUUGAGUUUGAAUCUCUAGGAGGCAAAGGUUUUGAAGCUAGUGAUGGAUUUCAUAUGCAAACUUUGGGUGAUGAGAGUAUGGUUCCGCCGCGACUUAGGCUGAAGAGGAUUGGGAAGGUGAACAGGAGUUUUGAUGCUGAUCAGGCUAAGGAUGGGUCAUGGGUGUCUCUUGGCACUAGGAGAAAGUAUGCUGAAAAUUUGGAUUCUGAUCUCGAAUCGUCUGGAGGUUUGAAUGGGUUUUACGAUCAGUCAAGGUUGGGAUUUGAGAAGAGGGGUUUUGGCGGCGACAGUGGUGGAAGAGGAGAGGCGAAAAGGGGGCGGAGUUCAAUUGAUGAAAUGGUUUCGUCCAUUAAGAUGUUGGGAGAAGGUUUCAUGAAGAUGGAAAAUAUGAAAAUGGAUAUCGCAAGGGAGAUGGAGAAAAAUCGAAUGGAGAUGGAGAUGAAACGGAAUGAAUUGAUACUCGAAUCACAGCGACAGAUUGUUGAUGCUCUUGCACAGAGUUUGAUGGAGAUCAAGAGAAAAAAGGUGAAGAUCACAGCUGCACCAGAAACGUAGCUAAGGGCUGGGGGUUUGGGAUUUACGGGUGGUGAUUUUGGAAGGUGUGAGCUAUUCCCAGUUUCCAGCUGGGAAAAGAUGAGCUUUUCUACAGAUUAAAUAGUUUUGUUUUUUUUUUUUUGGCAUUCUUGAGAGUUUUUUUUUUUGGCUAAAUCUUUAGUUCUAACUUAUGUAAGAAAUUAUAAUUGAGGUUAUGUAAUGCGAACUCCUUGGCAUCUGUAUCUGUAAGCCAUAACUUUGGUUCUACAUCAGUAAAAGUACAUACGCGUCAAUGUUGUCUUGUGAGGCUGUAGAUUUUCUGAAAUGAUCAAUGGAUCUUGGGACAGUGAAUUUUCAGGAUUUCCAGCUUUUGCGAUCAGCGGAUUAAAUAUAAAUGUUGCCUGUGC